GAUAAACGGGAGCGAGCCAGGACUGCAGGCUGCUGAGCAGACAGGUUCUUCUCUGAUCAUCGUAGCUUCAAACAAUUUCCAACAUGAGCAGGUCUACAAAGAAAACAGGAGAGCCUCCUGAACCCAGCAGUGUCUCUGUGAAGAGUGAUAACUCUGCAGACUAUCCUCUGAACUUUAAAUCUACACGGGACACGUUUCAAAGAUGGAAAAACUGUGAGAGGAGACACACAUCAGAUUCCUGCUCAGUUUCCAUGAAAAGUGACCAUUCUGCUGGUCAUCCUUUAAACUUUAAAAGAGCUGACUCAUUGGAUGAAAGGUGGAGCUUCAGAGAUUCUCCCAAGAAUAUUCCAGAAAGGAAACGCAGCUCAGAUACAACCUCAGUUUCCCUGAAGAGUGACCAAUCUGCCCGUCAUCCCCUAAACUUCAAAGAUGGACGAGACGCAUCUGAGACAAGGAGUUUUCCAGAAAGGAUGGACACCUCAGUACUCAGCUCUGUUUCCCUGAAGAGUAAUAGAUCCAUGGAUCAUCCUAUCAACAUCAAAGCUGGAUUGGACGAGCAGAGGACAGAAACGCUCAGUGAUCAGUCUGCAAACCAGAAUCCAUCAGAGCUGGUCCUCAUCUUCAAGGAACUUGAGAAGAAUAUUGUUAAAUUUGUGAAAAGUGAGCUGAAGAAGUUCCAGACAUUUCUACAUCCAGAUCCUACACAACAUUUACAGAGUGGGAAGAAGGAUGAGGAGGUGUUGCAGGGUGUAGAUGAAGACCAGAGGAGGAGCAGCAAAGAGGCAUUUCUAAAUAUCACAAUGUCCUUUCUGAAGAGCAUGAAGCAGGAGCAGCUGGCUGACUUGUUGUACAGCAAAAUGUUUGCACCGCUCUAUAUAAAUAAGCUGAAAUCCAACCUGAAGAAGAGGUUCCAGUGUGUGUUUGAGGGGAUUGCUAAAGCAGGAAGUCCAACCCUUCUGAACCAGAUCUACACAGAGCUCUACAUCACAGAGGGAGGGACUGGAGAGGUCAAUGAUGAACAUGAGGUCAGACAGAUUGAAACAGCAUCCAGGAAACCACACAGACCAGAAACAACCAUCAGACAAGAAGACAUCUUUAAAGUACCACCCGGAAGAGAUCAACCAAUCAGAACAGUGAUGACAAAGGGAGUGGCUGGCAUUGGGAAAACAAUCUUAACCCAGAAGUUCACUCUGGACUGGGCUGAAGACAAAGCCCACCAGAACAUCCAGGUCAUAUUUCCAUUCACCUUCAGAGAGCUGAAUGUGCUGAAAGAGAAGAAGUUCAGCUUGGUGGAACUUGUUCAUCACUUCUUUACUGAAACCAAAGAAAUCUGCAGCUUUGAACAGUUCCUUGUUCUGUUCAUCUUUGAUGGUCUGGAUGAGAGUCGACUUCCUCUGGACUUCCACAACAAGGAGAUCCUGACUGAUGUUACAGAGUCCACCUCAGUGGAUGUUCUGCUGACAAACCUCAUCAGCGGGAACCUGCUUCCCUCUGCUCUCCUCUGGAUAACCACACGACCUGCGGCAGCCAAUCAGAUCCCUCCUGAGUGUGUUGGCAUGGUGACAGAGGUCAGAGGGUUCACUGACCCACAGAAGGAGGAGUACUUCAGGAAGAGAUUCAGAGAUGAGGAGCAGGCCAGCAGGAUCAUCUCCCACAUGAAGACAUCAAGAAGCCUCCACAUCAUGUGCCACAUCCCAGUCUUCUGCUGGAUCACUGCUACAGUUCUGGAGGAUGUGUUGAAGACCAGAGAGGGAGGAGAGCUGCCCAACACCCUGACUGAGAUGUUCAUCCACUUCCUGGUGGUUCAGACCAAAGUGAAGAAGGUCAAGUAUGAUGGAGGAUCUGAGACAGAUCCACACUGGAGUCCAGAGAGCAGGAAGAUGAUUGAGUCUCUGGGAAAACUGGCUUUUGAUCAGCUGCAGAAAGGAAACCUGAUCUUCUAUGAAUCAGACCUGACAGAGUGUGGCAUUGAUAUCAGAGCAGCCUCAGUGUACUCAGGAAUGUUCACACAGAUCUUUAAAGAGGAGAGAGGGCUGUACCAGGACAAGGUGUUCUGCUUUGUCCAUCUGAGUGUUCAGGAGUUUCUGGCUGCUCUUCAUGUUCACCUAAACAUCUUCAAGUCUGAGGUUAACCUGCCAGAGGAACAAAAGAAAACCUUCAAGACUUCAAAAACAAGAAAGGGUGUUUCUCCAGUGGGAAACUUCUACCAGACUGCUGUUGAUGAGGCUCUACAGAGUCCAAAUGGACAUCUGGAUUUGUUCCUUCGCUUCCUCUUAGGUUUCUCCCUCGAAACCAAUAAGAAGUUAUUAAAAGGUCUUCAGUGGAUAGGAAGCAAUUCUCUGCCCAACCAGGAAGCAGCUAAAUACAUCAAGAAGAAGAUUGAAAUGAAUCCAUCUCCUGAGAGGUGCAUUAAUCUUUUCCACUGUCUGAAUGAACUGAAAGAUAAUUCUCUGGUGGAGGAAAUCCAACAGUAUCUAAAAUCAGGAAAUCUCUCUGGACAAAAACUGUCUCCUGCUCAGUGGUCAGCCCUCGUCUUCAUUUUGCUGUCAUCAGAAAAAGAUCUGGAGAUGUUUGACCUAAAGAAAUAUUCUGCUUCAGAGAAGUCACUUUUGAAGCUACUGCCAGUCCUCAGAACAUCCAACAAAGCUUUGCUGGAUGGUUGUAACCUCUCAGAGAGAAGCUGUGUAGCUCUGGCUUCAAUCCUCAGCUCAAAGUCCUCUAAAUUGAGAGAGCUGGACCUGAGUAACAACGACCUGAAGGAUUCAGGAGUGAAGCAGCUGUGUUCUGGACUGCAGAGUCAAUGCUGUAAACUAGAAAGUCUGAGGCUGUCAGGUUGUCUGAUCACAGAGGAGGGCUUUGCUUCACUGGCCACAGCCCUCACCUCCAACCCUUCUCAUCUAAAAGAGCUGGACCUGAGCUACAAUCAUCCAGGAGAGGGAGGAGUGAAGUUCCUUUCUGCUGGACUUGACAAUCAACAUUGGAGGCUAGAAACACUCAGAGUGGACUGUGGUGGAGAAUGGACACUGCAAGCAGGACUGAGAAAAUAUACUUAUCAACUGACUAUGGAUUCAAGAACAGCUCACAGAAACCUUAAACUGUCUGACAACAACAGAAAGACCACAGUGAUGACAGAGGAACAACCAUGUACUGAGGAUCCAGAAAGGUUUGACCACUGGGUCCAGCUGCUCUGUGCAGAAGCUCUGUCUGGUCGCCAUUACUGGGAGGUUGAAUGGGAGGGGACGGUGGGCAUUGGAGUGACUUACAGAGGCAUCAACAGGAAAGGAAGUCAGUCCAGUCGUUUGCUUGGAGGGAAUGAUAAGUCCUGGAUGCUCUACUGUUCAAAAAAUGAUUAUUUUGGGUUUCACAAUGACGAAAGAAAAUAUAUCCCACCACCUUCCAUUGUCUCCAACAGAGUGGGAGUCUAUCUGGACCAACCUUCUGGCACACUGUCCUUCUACAGAGUGUCCUCUGACAAACUGGUCCACCUUCAUACCUUCAGCACCACGUUUACUGAAGCUCUUUAUCCAGCAUUUAGAGCUUUACAAAGUUCUUCUAUCUCUUUGUGAGCUGAUGGAUUAAAACUCUGCUAAACGGUUUAGGACUUUCAGAUCAUUGUUUCAUAUCUUUUAAGUGAAGACAAAUUUUUGAGAGCAGUACAUCACAACUAACUCUUUAUUUAAAACAAGAUAUAAAUGUUCUUAUAGUAUGUAUUAUAUACAUAAAUGUUAUUGUAUUGACCUGGAACUCAAAUUAUCC